AUGUACCAACUCGAUUUUGUAGAAAAACACCCAGAUGUAGCAACUAUGAAUGAAAACAUUGUCACGGUACAGGCAUGUAGCCUAAAUCACAAUGGGGACUGUGAAUGGAACCUAGACGUUCAGAUGAGAAAAUCUUGUGAAGAUACGGAAAAUGUGUAUUCGGCUGGAAAUGUAAGCGGUAAAUUACUUUACUUUUCCUACGGAGAUAUUCAGGCUGGAUGGUACGAUGCUUUUAAGAACGGAAACCAGUAUGUUUUCCCGUCUCUUGAGGACCUAAAGGAUGACUUCGGCGAAUGUUUUAUACAUGGUUGGGGAUAUGCUCUUCAAGAACCGUUGCCACAAGCAAUCGAGGAAACACCAUUGAUGUUGUCUUUAUGUUAUGUCGACUACUUCCACAACUUCCACUACCUCUAUGAUUAUCCGUAUGAUCCUGUUGACUAUAACAUAUAUUGCAACAAUUAUGAUCACAUCUUCGUCAGAGCAUGCAAUGGAAAACUUCAGUUUGAUCUCUCUCGUUUUCGUUAUAAUGGUGAAGAGUUCUGUAUGAUUCAUCACAAUAAUGUUUUAGUAAAGCCAGAAAUCGAUCAUGUCAUCCAGUCUAUUACUAUCGAUGGAAAAGCAGUGAGAACGCAUAACCCAUUUCUGCAAUACAGAUGCUCCUUUAAUAUGAUAGAUGGAACUUUGUAUAGAACAAACUGGUAUAUUAAUGGAACACUUCAAGUUCAAAAGGGGCCUUCAUCUUCGUCGAAUGACCUUGUAUUUAAGGAAGACUAUUUGAAAGAUCUUGAACCUGGUUAUGAGGUACAAUGUGGUAUAUUAACAGUGUCAGGAAAUGAGUCCAUCGAAUUAUUAAGUGAUGUUUUCUACGCUGGGUGGAAAGUUGCAGAUAAUUCGAUUUCCUUGAGCAAGAGUGGAUAUACAUUGGUUGAUGUAGAGCAGACGAUACCAUUAGGCUGCUACUAUAGGGAUGACGAAGCUCCAAAUUGUGUAGAGGAAUUAUUAUUUGAAGACUCAACUUAUGUUCCUGAUGUAUGUGCUGGUGGCAUUCGAGUACAAAAUGCAGAUGAGCCAAGCAAAUCAGUUAUAGAAAUACAGAGCUUAAAGAAAGGCGAAGAAUGGACGAUCAAAAAGCACAAAGCUAAACUUUCAACCAUUGAUAGUGAUUAUGAUGACAAGACUGCUUAUGACUUGAAAAUGUCUGUCACCCACAGUUCUGGUCAUGCUAGCCGAAGAUCAAUUAGUACUGAAGUUGUUGGCGCUAUGCAUGUUGACAUCACUGAGGCAAACAGACACUGGAACAAGAGAUGUUACUCGCAUGUUGACCCACAUAUGAAAACUACAGAUGGAAAACAUUAUGAGGCGCAAAAGGAAGGUGACUACAUGAUGGCUUGGAAUAAAGAAUUUCAGACUGAGAUACAAACUUCUGCUAGGUAUUGUUACAAGGAUUAUUCAGAUGGACCAGUUUGUGCCUGCGGAAUAGCAAUUGCCGUUGGUGCUGAUGCCUUUAUCAUCAAUAAAUGUCCGAACUCUACUUUCCAAUUUGACUUUGUACAGUGUGGAGAUGGUGGCAUAAUUGAUAUUGAAGAAAUACACGCCUACCGAUACAAGGUCAGAACUCCGAUCGGUACAAUAAUCGACAUAUUUCUUCAUACAUGGAGUGAUACAAUGAACAUCGACAUAUAUAUGUCGGCAAAAGAUUUUGGCAACAUGGUCGGUUUGUGCGGGUACUUUGACGGUGAUGUAUCUAAUGAUCUGCUACACAGAGACAGUGUUACCAUUUCCAAUGAUGACAAUUGGAGUUAUAAGUUCGCAGAUAGUUGGAGGCUGACAGACGAAGAAAAUCUGUUCAAAAAUAAUAAGCGUUAUCUAAAACCAUGGGACGUAAAUAACGGAGGGACUGAUCAGCCGUGUAGCAGAUCAAACUCAAUUACAAGAAAGAAGUGUAACUUUAACCGGAGGACAAGGCGAGCAACUUCUGACCGCCAAAGAAGAGAAGUGAAAACACAAAAUCAGAUUAUGCUAUCUCGUAAAAAGAGAAGCACGGGAAAUUUUACAGAAGACGAAGCUUUCAAAUUCUGUAACCAUUCUAUUUAUACAACCCCAGCAGUUCAGGAAUUUCCAGAUAAACUCGCAGAGGAAGAUCCAAAUAAAGUUGUUGAGCAAUGUGUGUAUGAUUUAACUCAAGGAAAUGAUACAGCGUGGGUGGAAGCACAUACAACUGUUCUCAACAAUGCUGCGGAUACAAUACUCAGCUUGAAUCCUGUUUAUGUUGCAAACAAUACAGACAUUGUAAAUUCGUUUCGUUUACAAACCUGUUUGAAUAACUGUAGUGGAAAUGGUGUGUGCGCCGAAACAGGGCUGUGUGACUGCAAUGGUACAUUUCGUGGACCUGACUGUAGCAUAGACAUAAGAAUUCCACCUGUCGUGUAUUACAUAGAAGGAGAUGGAAUCUGUGAAAUAACAGCUGUUGACGAUUGCACAUGUUUCCAAAUAAGGACAGACAACAUCUUUGAUGGUUUCAUGUGUGAUAUCAGCAAGAGCAAGGUGUAUUUCAAUGGCACGCGUAUGAAAGAAGUCAACUCUACACAUGUCGGUGACUAUAAAGAUAUCUUUACCGGAGAAUGCUGUGCUCCUGCAGUGUUGAAGAAACGUUCCGCUGCCGAAGAAAAUGACGUCGACGAGCUGUUUGUUGUUAUGUACGAAUUUACUGUUAGCAAUGACGGCGUUAAUUAUGGGGAAACUAAUACUGCGUUUGUCUAUGACACAACAUGUCUACAGCAAGUUGAGAUAGCCGGAAAUGUCACCUUUGAAUUAAAGACCAGAUACUGUUUUAUCGAUGCUACGUGUGUCGAACACAACUCUAAAGUACUGAAUACAGAUGAAUGUUUUCUCUGUGAUCCUGAAACAGACCCCUACAGUUGGUCGAAAGGUAAUUGUGAAGAAUCAAGUUCAUGGCUUACAAUGGGAGUCUUGACUGGAAUAAUCAGCAGUUCUCUGUUUAUUGCUAUGGUAACUGGUGUACUGGUAUAUCUCCUUUGCUGCAAGGGGUCAAAGAAACACCGCACAGUCGGAGAUGUACAGUCAAAUUUCCAGUCUACAUUGGCUGGUACACAACUCCCCGUAACAUCAAACAAUAUACCAGAUACUGCGACAGAUUUACCAGAUAUAAGUGCCUUCGAUGCAGCUAAACCAGUAUGGAGAAGGAAUGUGUGGACGAACUCACUUCCUGCACACCAUGUCGACAAGGGUAGCGAAAUACCUACAGUAGAGAAGAGAUGUACAACCACUGGUGAAGUUCUUCAGUAUAAUGACACUGAUGAAGUCAAAGAGCCUAAUCUGACUGUGGCUGAAGCGGAAAAUGAGCAACCCGAGAGGGUGAUAUCGGUUGUUUCCCUGAAAUUGAAUUAAAUAAUGAUCAAAAGCAAAACUGUUUAGCUAAACCUUACUCUUUUUGUUGUAUGGUACGAGUCAAACAUGCAUUUGGAAAUCGGACGGACAACAUUUUAUGUUAUACGUUUAAGUAGACUUCUGUGAACAUGUGUAUUAAUUUGUGAUAAUUUUUUUUUUGUUGUUGUUGUUUGUUUGUUUUUUUUAUAGAGAAUUAACUUUCAAUUAUGUGCGCUUUUCUGUUUUCUUCUCGACUUGGUAACCAUGUUGCUUUUCUUUACUUCAUUUGGUAAAUUUAUUUGUAGACUGGUCUGUCCUUUUUUUCUUCACAUUUGAUUUUUAGUUGCUGAUUUUUUACUAAUAUUCCUUUUAUAUUUGUAUCAAAUUUUAUGGAUUUAUUGUACAGGCUCUUCAAAUUUUUGUUUUGCGCUACUUGAUUGCAUGAAAUGUUGGACAUGGUUUGUUCACGCAGCCACCGCCAGAUCUCUUAUCGGGUCGCUUGCAACAAAUUUGAUCGUGCGCACUCAUCAGGUCAUCAUUUAUUAACUGUAUAAUCUACUGAACGAAGAAAAUAAUUGUAAUACACUCAAACUAAUUAUUCUGAUCAGUAACUGGUGAAAACCACGCUUUAGGUAGUGAUAUUGCACGCGUACUUAAACAUUUAAUUUGGACUUGUACCAUGUUCUUGCACUUCCACUUUAUACCUAGGAAAGGUUUGACUUAGGAAAAUGCUUCAGUGAAAAAUAUACUUUGUACAAAUAUUCUUUACGGCAUUGAUAACGUGUCGUCUUAUGGUUGGAAUAUCGGCAGAUGGGCCAGAAAAAAAGCUUGAUGGCCACCCGGUAUGACAAUGAGUCGAAACAGUAUCUACGAGUUUUCAUCAGCAAUUGAAACGCAUGACAAUGGCCCCAUAUUGGCCUGCAGAUAAAACAAUAUAAAUACGGGCCGAUUUGCUCAGAGCUGCUCGUUUCGCCGUCUGUUGGUAACAUUUUGAAUAUUUUCUACAUGAAGUGCAUCACUGACUCUUAAGAUAUAUCACUUUAUAUGUUAAAACAAAUUUUGUUGUUAUACGAUAUUUUUCUUUUAUCAAUGUUUGAUGCACAUAUGAAGAAUAAAGUAAUCCAAUCGACAGAUUGUCCACUGGAUAUAGUUUUCAGUAGCUGAAGUCAAAUGAUAGCCAGCAGCAAGAAAAAUAAAACAGAAUAAAUAAAAUAUAAAACACUUAAUAUAAUGUAUGUGUCAGACUAUUGUGUAAAAUACUGAUCUGGUGUUAAAUAAAUAUCUAACCAGG